AUGUACCGAUCACCCUCUCUUGAAAACAAGGAAUUAAUGGUUCUGUAUGGAGGGGAAGGAGAACAUUUCUUCGUCAGUGAUGAGGACUGUGGCAGUGAGGUGAGACAAGAUUUGUCUGGAAGAGCUUCAGAGACAAUAUCCUCAAUUUAAACUGCAGUAAAAACCCAAGAGAGUUAAAGAUCUGCUAAAUUUGAGUCCUUACUUUAUUAAGGGAUGAUUUGUUACAUUUAGUUUCCAUCUUUAACUGUCAAUAAUUUAAACUGAUGACACUGGGUGAAUUAUCCAUCAGCAGUAAUGUGUACUGAACUUCCCCCUUUUAGGAUUAUGAUCUGAAUUCAGAGUGCAAUGCGGAGACAAAAGGGUGCAGGAAGGUUCGCAGGUCUCUCUCCUUGGAAAUCUACGGCCUUCAGAGGGAACAGAAUGUUUGCUUUACUAACCAGGAGUACUACAGAAGACUGGAGGAGCUGAAAAGUGCCCAUCUAAGAAACAUGGCUGAGCUGGAGAAGAUGUACAUCAGCCAGGGCAAGAGGGGAGAUAAUGAGGGAGGCGUAAGAGGGGAAAUCAGAGAGACUGAACAGUCAUUCAGGUGAAUACAAGCAUACAGUCUCCACAGUAGCAAGUGUAAUGGUUCAGCACAACAGGAACGUUAAAUCAGUAUCAGAGUUAAAACAAUGUGGCAUGAAGUAACGAAUAAACACUAAUUCUGUGUCGCGCUCAUUAGAUUGCAAAUGAGUGUUUCCAGAAUGACUUUGCCCUUAAAAAGUUGGAUGAAGCUCAUAAUAAGAUCAUAGAAAGCCAUAAGCUCACAGACGAAUAAGUACCCACUACAGGAGUGUAAUUAUCUUUUGUUUUGAAAGAAAAUGUAUUGCCCCCUUUCAGAAAACUCCAGAGGAUUAAUUCCCAGGAGGAGCUGGACUUCCAAGAAACGUCAAGCGGCUCAGAUCAAUCAGAACUCUGUGGAACGGACAGCACAGGAGAACUGGAGCUGGACAAUCCAAACAGGACACAUGGCCUGGACCGAGCUUUUGGGAGGUAGGUUUUUUGACUGUAGUCAUAUGACAACCAUUUUGAUCUGAGGUUACUCUCAGGGCUGGGGGCUAAAAUGCUAACACCACAUCUGCUGUUCCAAUUAUUAUAACACUGUUUGAGCACUCCACUUUGCGGGUAACACCUGAGAGAAGUGGUCAACAUGUGAGGUGAAGAGAAUUCUUGAAGGAGCACGAGUAAUGAGGCAGAAAGAUUUUCUUUCCUGUGUCUUGCCCCCUUUGUUAAAAAUGAAAAUCCACUCGGUGUAUCAUCCCAUUUCACUCCACUCUUUUUUUUUUUUUUUACCAGGGAGAUCCUACUGAGCCCAGAAGAAAUUACAACUCGGGAGCAGUUCAGAUUCCAGCCCAAGGUUUCCUUUCCCAGUUUGCAGGAAAAAGUGUCCCGUCAAGGUGGGAUCAGGGUCCGGCCAAACUCCAAGGUUACCGUGCCCAAACCCUUUCAGAUGAUGCUGAGAGAGGAGGAGAAAAAAAGGCACCGUGUGCGGACACGCUCAGAGGUAGAACUGGAGAACACGCUGCUGAGACAAGAGUUAGAAGAGCUCAGAGAAUGUCAGAAACAGUUCAGGGCAUCACCUGCACCAGCACAUAUUUAUCUACCUCUCUACGACAUCAUCAGCCGCCGCUCCAGUCAGCGGCCCAGCUGGAACAGAAGUGACAACAAUAACAACAUCAACAAAAACAACCAGGUCUCUAAUGCUGUGUCAGCACAACCUUUCCAUUUCCUGGAAAGAGAGAGGAGGAAGAGGGAGGCGAAGAUUGUGGCAGAGCUGGGGAAGCAGGGACUGAAAAAGGAGUUCAAGACAUUCAAGGCUCAGCCUUUGCCCAGCUCAGUGUAUGGUACCAGACACAGAGGAGGAGCCAGGACAACGAGCCGCCAACUCCAGUCUACUACCUGGACACAAGGAAGGGAAGUCACCAAAAGUGAUUCAAACCCUGACAUGGAGCUGGAUGUGGUCCGGUCCAAGUCAGAUACCACUCCUGACUCCAGCAGGGCUCAGAAAUGUCUGCACUCCAAGCCAGUGAAAAAGCAAAUAGAGCUCUCCAUUGAGAUGGUGAAGGAAAGGCAAUGGUCUUAA